CCUGAAUUGUAGCCCUCCAAUGUAGCCCUCCAAUGUAGCCCUGCAUCAAGCCUCAUUUCUCCACAACAGCAUAACAGCUCACGGAGCUGAGGCGUCAACCUCAACUUGUCCUGGAUUGACAGUGUUGCUGUACCGUCAACCGACGUCUAGGUCCCUCUUCAGCAAAUAAGUAGCACCUGGAAAGCAGCGCUUGAAAUCAACGACUCUCUUGGAUCCACACUUCAGCAGGGUGUCGACACGCUGACUGCAAGCCAUCAUGGCGGGCGCAACAUACACCGACACCCUCAACGCCUUCACCAAUUUCCUAACCGCCUACAUCCACACGCUGCUCUACCUGCGCACGCUCUACCCACGCACUUCCUUCGUGCACUCGCGCUUCCACAACGCCUCCGCCUACCAGUCGCGACACCCGCUCGUCUGCGACUGGAUCCGCGAUGCCAUCGACGCCGUGCGCAAUGAACUGUUCGAAGGCACCGUGUCCCGCAUCGGCAUUGUCAUAUUUAGCCAUGGGAAUGGCAGUAUGAAUGGAAGUGGUGUAGCAGGGAGUGGAACGGGCAACGUGCAGAUCAUGGAGCGUUUUAUGAUUGAUGUGUCUGCGUUUCCGGUUGUGGAUAAGGAUGAUCGAAAUGCGGAAGACGAACGUGAAUACGGAGAUGUUGAAGAACACCAAGGAGGCGAAGACGACCCAGAUCGCAGCCGCAGCGAGAGCAACGAACCCUCAGCCUUCGACAUCGGCGUCGACACGAACCUCGCCGAGCAGAUGCGCGCAGCGCUCAUAUCGCUGACAACGCGAUGCGCCCAGCUCUCCCCUUUACCAGAGAAGUGCUCGUUCAAUAUUAGUAUGGAGUUGAAAGACGAAGCGGAUGUUGAUCCGCCAGUGGCGCAUCCGCAGGCAUGGAUCCCUGUGCAGCCUAGUCUGCAGAAGACAGGGCGGUGGAACGAUAAGCGUGCUAAGGUGGAGGACGAGGGCGAAGAUGGGUCGAUGCCGGAGACCAAGACACCAGAAGACAAGAGGAGGAAGGGUGAGGAUCUUGGAGGUGUGAGAGUCACGCCGAUCAGGACGGUGGAGACAGGGACGUUUAGGUUUGAAACGUGGGUUGAGGAGGGGAGAGCGAAGUUUGGGGGGUUUGGUGGGAAGGUGAAGGGCAAGCCGAAAGCCAGUUUCUCGAGCUCAGGAGAUAGUAUAACGAAGUAA